UAUGUAUGCGGACGGUUAAUCAAUAAACUAAGGACGUCGUUAUGACAAAACAAAACUAAAAGGUUUGGACAUGCUUCCGUGACAACCAACUUAAAACUGCAUUUUUGUUGGAAACAAUCAUGGCGGCUCCAAAAGAUGACGACAUCGAAGUCACAUUCCGAGAAUUGAAAGAUUUCAUUGACCCCUUUCUGGACCCACAGAAUGGACCAGUUCGUCCGGAUAAAAUAAUGGCCAGCAGGGCAUUAAUUUCGCUCGAUGCCUUGAUAAAAAAAAUGCCUGGUGUUACAGAAGACAGGGUGGAAUCACUAAAGAUCAUGCUAAAAGAUGCAAUAAGAGAACGCUGGACAUUUAUGGACAUGAGAAUAAAUGACGCAGUACAUGAAUUCAAAGAGAUACAAAAAAUGGUUUCUGAACUGGUUCCCAUUCGUAUCGUAGCGGCCAUUGAUUUUGGGACAACAUACUCAGGUUAUGCCUACUGUAUACGUAAGCAGGCUGUUGACUCACCAAUACUUUGUAAUACGUGGAGUAACGGCAGCAGUUUGACUCUUAAAGCACCAACAUGUGUACUGUUUAAACCAAACGAGGAAUUACAUAGCUUUGGUCAUAAGGCAAUAGAAUAUUACUAUGAAAAUAUUGGCAAUUUGGAAUUGAAGGAAUAUUACUACUUCGAAUAUUUCAAGAUGAUGUUGUAUGAACAAGAGGACCUUACAACAGAAAUGUACUUAGAGGAAACGAUUAAAGAAGACGAUGUUAAAAAGAGAAAAAAGAUGAAAGCAGUUGAUGUUUUUAAAGCCGUAAUCGGCUUCUUUCGAGAUGAGUUAGUGUGCACUCUUAACAAGACAGGUGUACAAUUUAAAAAUAAAGAUAUUCAGUGGGUCAUUACUGUUCCUGCAAUUUGGGAUUUGAAAGCAAAGCAGUUUAUGAGAGAAUGUGCUAAAAAGGCAGGCAUAGAUCACGACCAGCUCAUAUUAGCACUGGAACCAGAAGCAGCUUCUAUUCACUGUCGAAGGGUACCAGUCGGUGUUCAAACAGAAGAUGAUGGGAGUAAAAGUAUUGCAGAAAUGGUACCAGGAGCACAAUUCAUUGUGCUUGACCAAGGAGGUGGAACAACUGAUAUUGCUGUACACGAAGUGACAGGGAAGAACACACUUAAAGAGGUACACAAGGCUUGUGGAGGUCACUGGGGCGGAAUAACAGUUAAUAAACAGUUUUAUAAUUUUCUGGAAGAGAUAUUUGGCAAGGAUGUUAUAAAUAGCAUCAAAGAAACAAAUCCGUCUGCAUUUUAUUCAUUUCUACGUAUCUUUGAAAACGCAAAGACAACAUUCAAAAAGGAAGACGAAGGCGACCCGGAAGGGCAAGUAACACUAAGAUUACCUUUUGAAUGGUUAGAAACUUUCGAAGCAAUUAGAUCACUUUCGUUUGCUAAUGCUGUAAAAACAACGAAUUUCAAAGAUCGGGUUAAAGUGAAACUAGAUAAAUUUCGAAUUAAAAACAAUUUGUUUAGAACUUUCUACGAUUAUGCUCUUGAAAAUGUUAUUCGAGAACUAGAGAGAUUGCUAUCGAAAAAAGAAUUAAAGGGCGUAAAUACGUUGUUGGUUGUUGGUGGACAUUCAGCUUCAACAGUGCUAACCGAUGCGCUCAAAGCGAAAUUCCCGAACAUUGGAAUGGUGAUUCCAAAAGAUCCGGGACUAGCAGUAUUAAAAGGUGCUGUUAUGUUCGGAUUUGAUCCUGGAACCAUAACUAGUCGCGUUGCAAGGUUCACAUAUGGUAUCGGAACAACACGAGCAUUUAGAGACGGUGAUCCAGAAUCAAAGAAAAUUAUUGUAGACGGUGUUGAACGGUGCAAAGAUGUUUUUGAUAAACAUAUAGAAAUAGGUCAGAUUCUGGAAGUUGGAGAGGACAAAUAUCUCGAAGAACAGGAAUAUGUUCCUCUGUAUAAAGAUCAGACUAGCGUGAAUUUCAAUUUUUAUGAUACUUUAAGUAAAUCCCCAAAGUAUGUCACAGAUGACGGCUGUCGCCGGAUUGGGUCAUUGCAGUUUAAACUAACCGAGAAGAUGACAGGGAAACGAACCAUGGCUUUAAAAAUCAAUAACAGUGGCACAGAACUUGUAUCUCUUAUAACUGAAAAAGGAACAACAAACACAAGUAAAGGUUAUUUCCGACUACCUUCUGAAUAAGAUUGGAGUUAGACUUUAUAUAUCAGGCUAUAGUUCUCAACAUGGACUUUCUAUACUAAAUUUGUAUAGAAAAUUUCUGUUCGAAGACAGUAAAUAUUAAUUGAACAAAGGUUUGAAAGUAAUAUAUAAACCAUAAACAUAUAUAUAUAUAUAUGUGUAUAAUGUUAUUAAAAUACUAGUAUGAACAUACAGAAAGCAAUUUCCGAAUCGGAACUUCAUUUCUGAAGAACUAAGUUUUCUACAUAAACAUUUGAAGUUUGAAAAAAAGAAAAAAAAAUCAUACUCAUUUUAUUGUUUAUUUUUAAGUCAAUUCAUUCUGCCAGCCCAUGAAGAACUUUCAUGUCUACCUUGAUCUGUAUUUUUUAAAUUAUUUUUGUACGUAUUUUAUGAAUAAAGAUUAUAAAAUUUGAUAAGUUUGGCAAUACUUGAAGGUCUGCAUAAUAAAUUAAAGUUACAUGACGUCUUUCUCCUUAUGAUGACUCAUCAAUACAUUGUAACUUGUGAAGCUGAUGUAACCCUUCUGGGACAUCUGAGUUCCAAAACUACCAUACACCAGUUUUCCGAAUGUAACUGUGUCUUUAAAUCUUGAAUUAGUUUGACGUCUGUAUGUUUCUGUUUGUUGGUUUGGUUUUUUUUUUGCUAGGGAGGGGGCAGUUGAUUGUUUUUCUAUCAUUCAUCUUUUUAUUUGAUUAUGUCUAUCUUUCAAAUUUUACAAUAGACGGUAUAUCGGAUUGGUUAUAGACUGUAUAUAAACUGAUAAAUGAUGAA